CUAGAAGUAGACUCUUUGUCAGAACUGAAAGGUCAUCUUGGGCUUAUUUUCUUCUACGUUGAGUGUUCCGUGGUAAAGCGUCGGUUCACGUUUUGAUAAGUUAGUAGCUAGCUUGUAUUUUUGUAAAAAGUUUUAUAAAUCUACCACUAUGGCGAAGAAGAAGGUUGAUGAAGAAUCUGAAUCCGAGGAAGAGUAUUCAGUCGAAAAGAUUAUUGACCGCCGAGUCGUUAAUGGUAAGGUGGAGUAUUUUCUCAAAUGGAAGGGCUACAAGGAUGAAGACAAUACUUGGGAGCCGAAGGAAAACCUUGAUUGUCCAGAGCUGAUCGCCGAGUUUGAGAAAAACAGAAAACUGAAAGCAAAAGCGGGCGGCGGCAAAGAGAAGAAACGUCAGCGAGAGAACUCUACAUCAUCAGUGGAUUCGGAUUCCACAAAGUCCGACAAGAAAAAAUUACAUCGCUCAGCAUCGCCAGAGUCUGACGAUGAAAAGGAAGAUUCAGGAUCGGAACCAGAGAAGACGAAAAAGAAACGAAAAUCAGCCCCAAAAUCUAAGAGAGUAGCGGAUUCCGACGAUUCCGAUGACGACAAACCGAAGAAAAAGAAGAAAGAGGAAGCACCGCCUAAGAAGAAGACAGAUGACGAAGAUGAGUCGUCUAAAAAACCGCGAAAAUCGGAAGACAAAAAAGCAGGCAAAAAAGAAAAAUCCGCCUUCGAGAAAGGGCUGGAGGCCGAGAAAAUUAUCGGUGCUUCCGAUACCACUGGUCAACUUAUGUUUUUGAUGAAAUGGAAGGACUCGGAGGACACAGACUUGGUGUAUGCAAAAGAAGCGAAUGUCAAAUGCCCCCAGGUGGUGAUACGGUUCUAUGAAGAACGAAUUGCAUGGCAUAGUCCUGAAGAGUCUACUUAGGUAUCUUCAAUUUGUUCCAACUGUUGAUAAAUUUUAGUUUGACAAACAUUUUUGAAAAUGCUCAUUUCUAAAAUUGCAUUGUUUUGCCUAUUAAUAAAACAAUUGUCCCAAAGUAGACUUUCAAAUAUAUGUUUGACAGAGUUUCAAAUGGAUUUUAUAGUGUUGUAUACAAAUGUUUUAAAAUCCAACAUUAUAUUAAUUUUUAUAUGUAGUAAAAAAUAUUCAAACCUAUGUUAUGUUAAUUAAAGUAUUUGGUAUAGUAUUGAUUUGCAGGUAUUUUGAUGGCUACAAGAUAUAUGGAAGAUCAUCAUGUCAACAUUUUGAGAUCAAUUGAUUGAAAAAAUAAUUUAAAUUGCUUUCAUAUACAUCUGUCAUAGGAAAUUUUCCUUUUAAAACAGUUCUAGCAUAACCUUUUAUAAAAUACUCUCGAUCAAAACGUGUUUUUUAUAUCUAGGGAAAGUCACAUGUAUUAUUCUCUUUGUGCAGUUUUAAAAGUCAAAAUCCAUGUCAUCCAGAAUUAAACCUGCUCCUGUAACCAAGAUACAUAAUUUCAUUCUGUAUUUUAAAUAAAUAUUGUUUAAGUCA